GGUAGAGGGGAGGUAGCAGACAGAGGCAUGGCAUGAAGCCUGGUACAAUGGGGUUCAGGUAAGACGUGGGCACAAUUAAGGGAUAUCGAGAUGGUCCCCUGGGUGAGAGUUUGGAGAAAGGAGGAAAUAAGGAAGCGCCAGGGCAGAGUAGGAAAGAGGCAAAGUGAAGUGACAGUUGAAGGAGGGCAGUUGGCUCCCCUCCGGGUUACGAGCGUAUUAGCGCUUUCCUCUUCCCACCCAGAGGGGAGGAGACGGCUGCUCAGACUGUGAGACAGCGCGGGACAGGGCAGAGAGACAGUCCGGAGAGACUGCAGGAUAACGCCCCCGGCAGCCCGACAGAGAACGUUGAACCCACAAGUACCUUCCAGGGAGAAAGAAGCGUUUACGAUAAAUUCCUGGAGCCGGAGCCCGGGGCGGUGUUUCACAUGGCAGUGAUCAGGGAGACUAGAGAAGCGCUGUGACAUCGAGCGAUUGUCUUAAGUUAUUGGAGCCGAUGGCGUACACAUACACGUCUUCCCCCGCUGGCCCUGUUGGGAGUCAGUACUGUGUCUGUAGGGUGGAACUCUCAGUCUCCUGCCAAAAUAUUCUGGACCGAGAUGUAGCUUCCAAGUCUGACCCAUUCUGUGUUUUACUUCACGAAGUUAAUGGAAAAUGGUCUGAGAUCGACAGAACCGAAACAACCGUAAACAACCUAAAUCCUGUGUUUGCCAAAAAGUUUACCAUCAACUAUCACUUUGAAGAGGCGCAGAAAUUAAAGUUUGCCUUAUUUGACCAGGACAAGUCAAGCACGCAGCUCUACGAGCAUGACUUCCUGGGGGAAUUCUCAUGCACACUUGGAAUGAUUGUAUCCAGCAAGAAGAUAACACGACCUCUGAUUCUGGGGAACGGAAAGCCAGCAGGGAAGGGAGUCAUAACGGUAAUUGCCCAGGAACUAUCUGACAACAGGGUGAUAACACUGUGCAUGGCUGGGAGGAAGCUGGACAAAAAGGAUCUCUUUGGAAAGUCUGAUCCAUUUUUAGAGUUUUAUAAGCAAGGGGACGAUGGAAAAUGGAUGUUGGUCCACAGGACAGAGGUUAUAAAAUACACUCUGGACCCAGUAUGGAAGCCAUUUACAGUUCCCUUACAGUCUUUGUGUAAUGGAGACAUUGAGAAGCCUAUAAAGGUCGUGUGCUUUGACUAUGAUAAUGACGGAGGACAUGAUUUUAUUGGAGAAUUUCAGACCACUGCGAUCAAAAUGUGUGAGGCUCGUGAUUUCCAACCUGUAGAGUUUGAAUGUAUCAAUCCAAAAAAACAGAAGAAAAAACGAAGCUAUAAAAAUUCAGGAGUAAUAAUUAUUAAAUCUUGCAAGAUAACAAGAGAUUACUCAUUUCUUGAUUAUAUACUUGGAGGAUGUCAGCUAAUGUUUACAGUUGGAAUUGAUUUCACUGCAUCAAAUGGAAACCCUCGAGAUUCAUCAUCUCUGCAUCACAUUAACCCCAUGGGAACUAAUGAAUACCUGUCUGCACUAUGGUCUGUUGGACAGAUUAUUCAAGAUUACGAUUCUGAUAAAUUGUUUCCUGCUUUGGGCUUUGGUGCACAACUUCCACCUGACUGGAAGGUGUCUCAUGAAUUUGCCAUUAACUUUAAUCCUACAAGUCCUUUCUGUUCAGGAGUUGAAGGAAUUAUAGAGGCCUACUCAGCUUGUUUACCUAACAUACGGUUUUAUGGACCAACAAACUUCUCUCCAAUAAUCAACCAUGUUGCACGAUUUGCAGCCCAAGCAACACAGCAAGAAUCUGCAGCGCAAUAUUUUAUCCUCCUCAUUAUAACAGAUGGUGUCAUAAGUGACAUGGAUGAAACCCGACAUGCUAUUGUCCAAGCCUCCAAGCUGCCCAUGUCCAUUAUUAUCAUUGGGGUAGGAAACGCAGACUUUUCUGCCAUGGAGUUCUUAGAUGGAGACAACCGAGUUCUGAGAUCCAACACCGGCGAAGAGGCAUCACGUGAUAUUGUACAGUUUGUGCCAUUCCGGGAAUUUCGCAAUGCACCCAAGGAAACUCUGGCUAAAGCGGUUCUAGCAGAACUUCCACAGCAAGUGGUAGACUAUUUCAAGAACCAUAAUCUGCCUCCAAUUAAGUCUGACAGUGUAUAGCUAUGACUUAAAACUGCCCACAAGCAAUGAGAUCUGUGUACAUUAUUUGUAUUUACCCACCCUGACAAUAUGUAGAAGUACCUCAUUGCUUGCCACAUUGUGAGGGCAUCAUCCUCAGAUUGGAAAUCUGCAAGUGUGUUUGCCAGUUUUGUAUGGGGGGGGGGUUGGAAGGAUAUUAUCCUAUUUUAUUGUCAGUUGUUGAGUUAACAAGGAGGUUCAAUGCAAAAUCAUUAAGAGCCACAGUUGUAUGUAUUUUUUACUUAAAAUUAUGGUGUUCAUUUAGUUAAUUAGUUAUUUGCCUGGUUUUCAAAGCACCUGGACCCCACCUUUCCCUCACCCCACAGCCAUAUUUUUCCUCAAUAACAAUUUCCAUCAAGAAAAACAAAGGCCUUCUUAUCUAUAUUAUUAGAUAUUACUAAUGUUGUAUUUUCCCUAAAAACGUGAUACCUUAGAAAUAAUAACACCAAACCAACAGUACCGACCAGAGUUUGCCAUGGAGGGCUCAGGGAUUAGCAAUGGUCACAGGUUAUGUUAACAAUGUUAAAUGUUUUAAAUAUAUUUUAAAAAUAAAAUACAUAUCAUUUUACAGUGCCAUUAGCUGUUCAAUGGGAAAUUAGACUUAAAGGGGCAAAUUCACUAAGAGCCGAAAAUGCACUAGAGACGGCUUCGCAUCACUUCACCACACUUCGCCAGGUGUAGUUUCGCCAGGGCUGCUCAAAUUCACUAAAAUCCGAAUUUGCGCCCAGGGAGGUGAAAGGUAGCGAAGCCUAAUUUGCAUAUGGCGCCAAGUUAAAAUACAAUGGACGUAUAUGCAGCAUUAACUACACAAACCUAGAAAACAUUCAUUAAAUAAAAUAGAAGUCUUAUAUUGCCCUACACAUAUGCCCACUAUAUAGUUUAGGUGCCAUAUGU